AUCAACGUCUGUGAGAACCGCAGUGUUUAAGUGUAUCGCUGGUAUAGUGGCUACAGUGCCUGUGGAGUACUUAAACACGAUACUUUUUAAUAUUAUGUCGCCUCUAGUACGAGAAAUAGCUACGACAGAAGAAUCGAAUGUCGAAUUGCGCCGACUUGCCAAAGAAGUAGCUUCCAUGAUUAAGAAGACUGUAGGAAGCGAAAAAUAUAUAAAAUUACUCAAUCGUGUGCAACAAAAACACGACAUUAAGAAAGCGGAAAGGAAGAAAGUUCGCGCGCAACAGUUCGUAGUUAAUCCUGAUUUAGCCGCUAAACGUAAACUAAAUAGACAGCAAAAGAAGAAAAAAGUGGCGAAGAAAAAGAAACUAUAAAAAUAUAAUAAUAUGGACAAUAAAAUGUAUAUGAUAU